AUGGACGCGAAAAAGAGUAAAACCACCAAGAGCACAAUGACAAAGGUGCACGACAUCUCCACCGCGCAAGCCAACGUGGAUAGUGAGAAAGAAGGCCCGGAUGCAAAAUCCCACUGCUUGACUUUCGUCAACGAAGUCAGCAUCCUUGGCGUCAAAUAUGUCACCAAUCAAAACCUCGCUUUGCUUCGAAGAAUUAUUUGGCUCUGCUUCGUUCUGGCUGGUUUCGGCUUCUUGAUCUACCACCUUCACAACCGGAUUUCGUACUUUUACCGAUAUCCCUCAUCAGUUAAUAUCGAACUGAAUUACCCGGAUUCCAUCCCGUUUCCGUCCGUGACCAUUUGCAAUAAUAACAGGUUCCGAAAGAGUAGUUUAAACGCUUCUGGGGAAUUGGACGUAGGGUACCUGUAUACGACACCCAAUACGCAAACCACACGGAAUCUGACCGGUUAUAACUGGACGGAAUUUUACCGGACCCACGGUCAUCAAGCAGAGCAGAUGUUAGGGGCCCCUGGGGCCUGCCGGUGGAACGGAAGAUAUUGCUCCCCCUCACAGUUCACUGAAGUCAUCACAGAUUUGGGCUUAUGUUUUACAUUUAAUCACGGGGACACUGGUCUGCAAACCAAAAUCAUUGGGUCGACGUUUGGUCUCACGUUGAUUCUGAACACUGAACAGUAUGACUAUCUGGAUACGACGUUUAACGCCGGAUUCACAAUUCUUCCUCAUCACCCUGACAACACCCCCUAUGUUGAUAACCUAGGGUUUCAGAUCGCACCAGGAGAAUUUGUGAGCGUUGGCUUGUCACAGACUAAGAUACAGAAUUUGCCUCCACCUUACGGAAAGUGUACGGACAAACAUCUGGCGUAUUAUUCUCCCUACACAACUACCCACUGCUUGACUGAAUGCAGGUUGAAUUUCACGAUAAGAAGAUGUGGUUGCCGAGAGACACACAUGGUCCCGGUAGACGACGUGCCUGAAUGCUCUCCACUCCAGUAUUGGGGCUGUAUUGUGGGCGCCAUAUCGGAACUUGCCGAUGAAUAUAUCAACUGCGCAUGCUCUGUCCCGUGCCUUUCAUACGAUUAUGGAUACACGAUUUCCCACUCAAAAAUGUCAAAUGCUUUCUCACAAGUUUUAUCCGCAACUUACCCGACAUAUACCAAGGAGUAUUUUUUGGAAAACUACCUCAUGUUAUCUCUGUAUUACACGGAGUUGAAUUAUCAGCUAAUAGAGCAGCAGGUCGGAUACGAGGGACUGGCUCUUUUCGCAGAUAUAGGUGGCGCUCUGGGACUAGUAUUGGGCAGUACCCUGAUGACCGGGGCCGAAAUAAUGGACUUUGUGAUAGCAAUGGGGAUGGACAUUUUGUAUCAGAAAUAAAGAUUGUCUGUAAGAAAUGAAGA